UAUCUUUACCUACGUGUACGUGUACUUACAAAAAAUUGUAGAUAAAAAAAAAGUUACAAGCGUCUCUCUGCUAGCCGAUACUAUUUAUUAAAAUCCGUGUUUUGCUUUACUUGUAGCUUGUCUAAAUUAACGUUAACCGAGUUUUGAAAAUGCAUUUAAUGUUCAAAUCAUUGAUUAUAUUACUAACUUUAAGUAAAUAUUGCAGUUCUUCGUAUUUUGAAAGUGACUCUUGUUAUUCAUUUGGAAGUGGUAAUGUUUUUCCUGGUGGUGCCCGAAAAGUUGAUCAUAAGUUACAAUUUACGAAAGCUGUGAUCUCAAAACCGGCACCAGAGUGGGAAGCUACCGCUGUUAUCAAUGGUGAAAUUACGCAACUCUCCUUGUCCAGUUAUAAAGGCAAAUAUCUGGUAUUCUUCUUCUAUCCUUUAGAUUUCACAUUUGUAUGUCCUACUGAAAUAUUAGCAUUUUCGGAAAGAAUUGAGGAAUUCAAAAAAAUUAAUACGGAAGUAGUGGCUUGCUCCGUAGACUCACAUUUCACACAUUUAGCUUGGAUCAACACUCCCCGUAAGGAAGGCGGUUUGGGGAAAAUUAAUAUACCUCUUCUAAGUGAUUUAACCCAUUCAAUAGCAAAAGAUUAUGGGGUGUUCUUAGAAGAUCUAGGACACACGUUAAGAGGAUUGUUUAUAAUUGAUGACAAAGGCAUUUUAAGGCAAAUCACAAUGAAUGACCUGCCAGUGGGAAGGUCUGUUGAUGAAACUCUAAGAUUAGUUCAAGCAUUUCAGUACACUGACAAACAUGGUGAGGUGUGUCCUGCAGGAUGGAAACCUGGACAAGACACUAUUAUACCGAACCCUGAUGAAAAGAAAAAGUAUUUUGAAAAAAUCACUAAAUAAAUUGACUUAAAGAACUAUUUAGAAAUUAAGCCAUACAAUCGGGAAAGAUGAAAAGGAACUUUGAUAGAAUUAAAAAGAAUAAUAAUUUUAUUUGAACCUGUGUACUUACAAUUCAAGCAAUAGGUUGAUUUGUUUCAUUCUAGUCUCAUCAUCUUUCUCAUGUUCUUUCACAUCACUCAAUACUGUUAAUAAUCAAGUUAACUGAUAAUUUUUCAUAUGUUUAUAUUUUUUUAAUACAAUUGAUGACUUAUUCAA